UGAGGGGCCGAAUCCCAAACGGCCUCCGCCGCGGCUCGCAGUGUCUCCGGGUUUGGGAGCCGGGACUCGGGGCCGGGAGCCGGCGGCGCCCUCCACCCGCGUCCCCCGCUCGGCCCGUCUGCGCCCGGCUUCCGUAGGCCCCGCUCGGCGUCUCUCAGGCCUCGCUCGGACCGAGACCCCCCCCCGCCCCGCGCGCGCCUCACCCGGGCCCUCGGCCCCUCGCCGGCUGCCCGUGGCCCCUGCCCGCGCCCCCCGGCCCCGCCAUGUCGCUGCACGGGAAGCGGAAGGAGAUCUACAAGUACGAGGCGCCCUGGACCGUGUACGCCAUGAACUGGAGCGUCCGGCCCGACAAGCGCUUCCGCCUGGCGCUCGGCAGCUUCGUGGAGGAGUACAACAACAAGGUCCAGCUUGUUGGUUUAGAUGAGGAGAGCUCAGAGUUCAUUUGCAGGAACACCUUUGAUCACCCAUAUCCUACUACAAAGCUCAUGUGGAUUCCUGACACCAAGGGAGUAUAUCCAGACCUGUUGGCAACCAGCGGUGAUUACCUGCGUGUGUGGAGAGUGGGUGAAACUGAGACCCGACUGGAGUGCUUGCUGAACAAUAAUAAGAACUCUGAUUUUUGUGCCCCGUUAACGUCGUUUGAUUGGAAUGAAGUGGAUCCUUAUCUUCUAGGUACCUCUAGUAUUGACACAACCUGUACUAUCUGGGGUCUGGAGACUGGGCAGGUAUUGGGAAGAGUAAAUCUGGUAUCGGGCCAUGUCAAGACCCAGCUCAUUGCACAUGACAAAGAGGUGUAUGACAUUGCAUUUAGCCGCGCGGGUGGCGGGAGAGACAUGUUUGCAUCAGUUGGCGCAGAUGGCUCAGUGCGGAUGUUUGACCUUCGUCAUCUGGAGCACAGCACCAUUAUCUAUGAGGAUCCACAACACCAUCCGUUGCUGCGUCUCUGCUGGAACAAGCAGGAUCCCAACUAUCUUGCAACAAUGGCCAUGGAUGGUAUGGAGGUGGUGAUUCUAGACGUCAGAGUUCCCUGCACACCUGUUGCCAGGUUAAACAACCACAGAGCAUGUGUGAAUGGCAUUGCCUGGGCGCCUCACUCUUCCUGUCAUAUCUGUACGGCAGCGGAUGACCAUCAGGCUCUCAUCUGGGAUAUCCAGCAAAUGCCUCGUGCCAUUGAGGACCCAAUCUUGGCCUACACAGCAGAAGGGGAAAUCAACAAUGUACAGUGGGCAUCGACUCAGCCGGACUGGAUAGCUAUCUGCUACAACAACUGUCUGGAGAUCUUGAGAGUGUAACACUAUUGGUCUGUGGCAAACUGAGGCAGGGCUUUAUAACUUCCCCUCCCCUCUAAAGUAAGAACAAACAUGUUUCAAGUGGCCAGUAUCUUUUGUUGCUUUGCAUCUACUGUUCCAAGAAACUGUUGCUGGAGUUAAUGGCAGGUGUCGGCUGUCCCUACAAGACUCAGAAAACGAAGGGACGCACCCAGCCUCUUGGACCUUCUGGGUUUUGAUUUUAAUAUUUUUCUCAAUUAAAAAGUUCUGUAUAUCUGUUUGUUGACUGUGUUAAUGAGCAUUACAGGCUUUAAAUGACUGUUUUAAGUUGCUGCAUACGUCCAUGUGUUUGUCAGCCAGCAGAGGCAGCACAUCCAAUUAGUUUGAUAGAUGUAAGUGCAAAACUAGGUGGAAAGAAAAGACAUUAAUAUUAACCACCGCCUUUGCAGGAAUUUUUAAUCAUUCCUGUUACCGUCCCUAAACCGUUUGAACGUUUUUAUAUAUUGGACUAAGUUUCUAUUAAGUAGGCUCUUCACCCCAGUUCUUAUUUUUGACAUGUGAUCCACUUCCAUAAGCCCCAAGCAGGAUCUGUUGAUGAUGAUGAUGAUGGGUCAUGAGCAUCAUUGUAGGCUUCCUAGCAGUAAAACUGUUGCUGUUGCCUUGGCUACGUGCCCCUGACCAUUUGGUCAGAAUUGCCAGGUGCUGUAAAGUACCAUUACUUGUCGCACAGGUCUGUCUUUUUAACUGAUGCUAGAGGCAGUUGUUACUGUGGUGGGCUGUCAGUUAGAUCAUCACUGAAUUAUUGAGUCUCCCACCGCUGUAUUACUUAACUGAAUGGUGACAAGAUUUAGAGAGAAGAUACUGGCAUGACUAGAGCUAUUUUUGAAAACAUUUAGUAAAAAAUGCGACUUGUAAUGCAUUUUGGAUAGACACUUCCAGUCAAAUGAUUCCUCUAGAAAGCUUCCUAUCUGAACCAAAAUGGUUUCACACCUUCUAGCUUACUUGAUUGGCAACUGUAAUUCUAAGCAAAAUUCUGUAUCUAACCUAUCCCUUGGAGUUUCUUUUGCAUUUGGCUCGUCUUCCUGGGAGUUCUAGAAAGUGAACGAGUGAAGAGCUAGCUUCUGUUCCUAAGAGCAAGGAGAGAAGCAUUAGCAUUGUACUGUCAGAUCUUGUUGGAUGACUGUGAUAGAAGCAGUUAGAACAGCUGGUCUGCUGUCCAAAGGCAAGUCAUGCCCCUGUAAAGGAAAGUUUCCUAAAGUAACAUACAGGGUUGGGUCUAAAUUAAAAGAAGUUGCCCAAUGUGUGUCUCAAAUGGAGACCUUGUUUUGGCUCUAGUUGUCAUUCUUAGGUACUGCAACUCUUGUAAGAGGAGCAGGAUAGGUAUGCUGUGCGGGGAGCCUUCUAGUUUCAUCCAAGUUCCCUUUCUGAAGUGGAAAGGUGAAGGAGAGCGAGGCCGACCCUCUGUCACCAUGAUGCUUUAUGCGGAGGGAUAGCAAAAUUCUUUCAUUGUCUUAACAUGGCGGGUAGUUCGAAUGAUGUCGUUUUCUUGUUUUGAUCAGCUAACUGCAAUACCCUUCAAAUGAGAAGGUGACACACUGAACACCACACUGGUGAGGUCUAACCAUCACCUUGUUCUGUAACAAUAGACUGAGCUGAUGAGGUCAAGAUCCAGAGCAGCUGACCCUGACUCAUUACUUUGAGAGACAAUCUUGAUAUUGAGUGAAAACCAAAGGUAGCAUUAUACAUAAAAAGGCAAAAUUUAAUUUUUUUUCUAAGAAUAUUAGGUUUCCAAUUUGAAGUAGCUUCAGUUACAUACACCUUCUCUCCCAAGUCCCUGGCCAACUCUCUUGCAACCACAGGUUUUUAUUUUAAAUGCUCUGUCCCUCUUGUUCUGAGACCCAGACAAACAGGGAAGACCGGAAUGAGUCAAUGAACCUAAAUGUUCAGCCUGCUGUCAAGUGCAGAUUAAAAUUGAAAAAUAGAGAUGUCUGCUUUUUCAAUUAGAAUCUUAGAUGUUUCUGGUAACAACAAGCAAAAAUUAUCCUACGGGUGACUUUUUAAAAAAUAGAAAACAGAGUAUACGAAAGCAUCUUAUUCAUCUGAUCACCUCUCAUUCGUGACAGAUAUUUACUCCCGUUAACAGUGCAGAGCAAACGCGUCUCUGGGAGAAUGAGGCGCAUUCUGUUCAGUCUCACACAUUGUCAAUAAAAUUCAUUAAGUUCCAAUUGCAGAAUUUUUAUUGAUGGGUGAGCCAUAAAGAACUGUCUGGUGUUCAGAUUCCUAGCAUGGCUGCAUGUUCCGAUUCUGGCAUGGUUGCCAGAUAGCUUACACAUGCAUCUCUGGUCUGCCAAGCGAAUUUGCUCCAGAAAUCAUUGAUCCACAAGUGUGGAACCACCCAUUAAACUUGGGCACUCUUCAAAGUAGAGCUGCGCCUUUAAAGUUAAACUUAAAUAUGCAAGCAUGUUAGAAAAUGAAAGUUGCGUUUCUCAUAGCAACAUUCAUUUGUAUGGUGUAGGCUGCUUUCGUUUAGAUAUACUUGUAACAAUAGUACAUGAAAAAUUCUUGCAUGUGUAUCUAAAUACAAGUACUAGGCACAGUAUAAACAAGCUAAUGCCAGUGAGAGAAGCGUAAACCUUUUGCUUCCUGACUGUGCAAACUAAAUGUGUUUAUAUAACAUUGCAAUAAGUUUUGCAUUUCAUGUUUUGGGGAAGUAGGGUUUUGGGGGAGAUGGGGGGAGGACUACUUUCAUAAUGUUAGUAUUUAAAUAGUCCCAAUUAGGCUUUGAAGUUUUAUUCUGUUGAUGUAAAUUGUGUGGGUAAAGGUUGCGUUGCUGCUGCGUGGCUGCACACAGAUUUCCGCAAGGCUGAGUUAACAGUGUAGCUGAACAUCUGUUUCUAGCUGCGGUCUUCAGAAGGAAAAAAUGAUAGCAACGUAAUGUUCUUUAAGCUGAACGCUUUUUGCAGAACUACAAAGAAUGUAUCAAAAAAGGUGGAUCCCAUGAUCUUAAUAACGGUUUCUUUCUUGUCCACCAUUUUCUCUAGUCUGAUCUUGAUAGGUUCAUGUUUCAAUGAGAAACUUAGUUUCCUGCAAACUGUUUAUGGUCAGGCCAGACACUGAGCUAUGUGGCUUCUCUGCCCACUACAAGCUGUAUUAGGCAGAAUGGUAUUGACUCUUCUCUGUAGAUUGUCGGAGAAAAACACAGUUCUCACUUUUUGUUUGGGUACAGCAAGUCAGAUGCUUUAUUUCUCUCACAUCUUGUACUAUGCCCAUUACUGUGAUAUCUGAACACCUUUUAAACCACACUCUUCCUCCCACCCAGCUGAGCGGUGGUCAUGGAGGACAAUUCACUUGGAGACGUUUUAGUUGAUCUAGUGAGAGAGAGUUUUUUGCGUUAAGGAAAGGGAAUAAACAUCCAUCUGAAACAGCCAAAGGGAUUUUCCUCAAACUUUCCAAAAAUAUAAUCCCACCUUGACUAAGAACAGAGUUUUAGACCAAUGAGAAUUGAGCAUUAAAAGCAUGUGAAAAUGAGACUUAAUGAGUACACACAACUUCAUAGCUUCCAUUACCAGCAGAAGUGGUUCUGUUAUGUAUGCUGAGGAGACCUCCGCUUGGGGGCCUUCCUCCCUAAGAUUUCUUGCAGAACGUUUGUGGCUUUGUCUGUAGCGAUUAGGCUUCUGAUCCAAAGGUCCUUGCAAUGGAAGCACCUGCUCGCUUGGCCAGCUGGACUGCUUUUGGCUUCUUUACUUGCUUUGGGUCAUGUCCUGCUGUCAUUCCGUAGGUGGAAGCCAGGGGACAUUGAGGGCACAGACAUGAUUUGUUUCCAGAAGUCAUUUGGUAGCUUAAUGAGCAUUACUGAAAAUUACCCCAAACCUUUCUAGAUAAGGAGUUCAGUAAUCCAAAUGGCAUGUCCAUCUAGGUAAGGAAAUGAGGCUUCAGUGCCCCCGCCUUCCUGCUCUCACAAAAGGGGCAAUGAGGGAGGAGUUGAACUGUCCAUCAGCUCAUUUGUUUGCAUGGCAAAUUAACCCCCUUCUCCGAGAGGUAUUUGGGGCUGAGGGUUAAUGACCAAAAAACUACUUAGCAGCAGAUUCCACCCGCUAAAUAGUCCAAUUAGAUGUGGAAACCUUGCAGGGUUCCUUUAUGCUGAUGAAUUUAAAUACCUCAGCCCCCCUUACAUUUACCUCUUGCCAAUCUCCAUAAGCAUUAUUUCUUCCAGAGUUAGUGGAAAUAACUGGUUCAGUGACUCAUUUUGGUGGUGGCUUCUUAAAUGAUUGUGAGACUAUACAGAGAAACUGCCUUUACAUUUUGUGUCGGGGUGGGAGAAUAGAGAGGGAGACCUUAGACCAGUGGUUCAUAACCUGUGGACCGCUUGUGGCCCAAUCAGCACACAGCUGAGGCCCAUGUGACAUCCUCAGGGCCAUACAGGUAGUGUGUAUAUAUAUUGUGUGGGUGCAGACCACAUAACACAGAGAACUGCAUGUGUGGCCCCCAGUGGUAAAUGGGUUGAGAACCACAGCCUUAGACCUUUCCCGAAGCAUCAGUGAGCUUGGCACAGAAGUGAAUUUCGUAACGGGACUGAAGUGCCAUUUCUCCUCCAACUUCAGUAGUUUUGUAUCUUUUCUCUGGCUAACUAAUUCCAGCCAUUGGGCUGCAUUUUAAAAACCCAGUUGCCCGGGAUACCAACUAUCCCAUGGGCAGCUAAUAUGUUUUGGCUCCCAACCCAAAGAUGAGGUGAGACUCUCAAAGCUAGCUGGAGGAUGAGCCAGUGCAUUUGUAUGUUAAAUCUGUAUAGCACUGAAUUAAAUCAGUCUGUGGUAGGUUACUGCAACUAAACUUACCCUGCUAUGUGCUAGGAUUUAAUAGUCAAGGUUGCCUUGACAAUCUCUUGAGUAAGAAAUUCAGUGGUCUCAAAGUACAGAAAGAGAAGAGGUUGAUACUGCAGAUUGUUCCUUAUUUUAAGGCCCCGUGGGUACUUAUGGGAAGCAAGGCCUUGCUUCCCAUCAGAAUCAAAAUUCAUGAUCCCUUCAAAAUAUAGUUGUGAUCACACAUCUGCAUUGCUUCUAAUUACUUUUUUUGAACACUGGAUAACAAAGGUCAGCAACCAGAAUAGAUUCAUUGAUGAGAUGAUAAAUCCACAGCCGUGUGAUCUGUAGAUCGUUUCUUAACUGCGAUUCGAUUGGAGAAAUGUAUGUCUGUGCUAAUGUAUUGGCAUAUACAUACAUUUUUUUGGACUUUUGUUUAAAAAUAUAAGUUCUGGAAGCUGAGCACGUCGGUUUUCGUGCUCUAGAUGGAACUUUAGCAGGUAUAUUUUUGUUAGGGUUAGGAAUGGAAUAACCUUCCUACCUCAGUCCUUUAAGGCUGGCGUUUGACUCUGAACCCUGUGUCCGAUUAAUAAAAUCUUAAAUACAGCGUGAGAGUUUCCUGACUGUUGCAGUUCCAAACUGGCUCUGGUUGUCAGCACAUGGGGACCUCUUUCACGCCAGAACCACCUGAAAAGCAACACCAAAAAUGCGAGCACUUGAAAAUGCUGUUAACACUACAAACUGUGAGGCUUUAUAUGCCGAUGACGGCAUGAUCCCGUAGGGAUCUCUCAAGCACUUGACUUUGCCUCUUGCCCAAACACAACUUUGUUUUGCUUCUUUUGGGUACUUUUAUUAUUGCCUAGUUGUGUUUGGGAGACCCUGGAAUUAGGUGCCCUUUCAAACAUAUGGCAGUAAUGAUAGGUGGUUUGGGUAGAUAGUUAUCUUGGGAUGUAGGUGAAUUCUGCAGUCUUUGUCAGUUCCAUAAUGUCAGGAAAAUUGAUGCAGCUUUCUGUGACUUAAGAUGCAGAAUUCAAAGAUCUUUGACUAUCAAAAUUCCUUGGUACUGACUAUCUUAACCCUUUCCGUAUACGCAGCACAGGCAGAAACGAAUAAAUCACAAGGUGCAGCUCCGUGCACAGUAGGGCUGUACAAUUGUUUAUACCUCCCUCAAAGUAUUGAAAGGGUUAGUCAUCCCACUACUGCCACACAAAAUGGUUCUGCCACUUCAAACCCAAGGGAAGCAUUAUCCAGUCAGUGGACGGUUAAGGUAUCUCUGAAUGACUUCAAUUGCUUUUCACUCCAAGGCCACUGGUUCAAAUCCCAGUCUAGGCAUUGUUUUGAUCCGUGGUCUGUAUGAAAUUAGGUUGUUUCCAGAUCUGGUUCCUAAUGGGCAGGAGUACAUUUGGCUCUAGAUGGGCCCCCUUAUUAAUGUCUGCAGGGAAGCCUACGGAUUUAAUGCUAGGUGGCACUUAAACAGCACUUUUCCAUGUUUGCUUGGCAACCAAAUUUCCCUAGGGAAGGUCGCUCUAAGUCAUAGGUGAGGUACAUUGGCAAAGGUAUGGGGAGUGAAGAGACUUGCACUGCCCAUGCUGUAGCCAGAGGGUCUCACUCUCUAAGGUUUUUGAUCCAGCACCUUUCACCAGCACUGAAAUAGUAACAAACGUGUGACUAGACACCAGCUACCGGGGUGCUUGUCUGGCAAUUGGAGACAGAACAUAGAGGCAAGAGCAGUUCUAAGAGGAAGUUGCACACUAUUGCGCUAGACUUCUAGACAGCCUUUAGUCUGCCCAGUAUCUUCAACUGCCUCUUCUGGCGCACAGAUACCAUCAAUCUAGAAUUUCCUUGCUGGUGAGGAAAAUGACUUGCUUGGCUUCCUUUUCAGAUAAGCUAAUAAAGGACAAUGCUGAGGGUUUUUUUUUUUUUUUUUAAUUUUUGCAAGGUUCUGCAGCCACGACAAACUACAGGCCCUGGUUCCAUCUCUCAUUUAUACACACUAGUCAGCGUCUCUUAGAAUGUCCAUUUUCCUGUUUGUAAAAUAUGCAAGUUUCCUUCUAUGCGAGAGACAGUAAUUGGUCAGGCAAAUCCAAAUGAAGGCACACAGGACUUGCUAAACAAAGGGGGAAGGACUCUGGCAGUAAAUAGUACUGCUGUGAAGCAAUGUUAUUUCGACAACCUGGUGAAUAUGAAUUUGUGGUAUCUGCUAUUUAAAAGGAACUUUUUUUACUUGGGUUGCCAGCAGUGUACAAUGUAAUGAAUAAAUCUGUCGAGAUGAAGCUUUUUUUUUUUUAUUUUUUUUUACUACUAGUAAUUAAAUAGAUGUUCAUUUUGUUAUGUGUAUUCCCUUCUGCUGUUCCCCUUUAAAGUCCCAUUGUGAUAACUUCCUGAAGGUGUGAUCUUUGUAGCAUGAUUGUAAAACAUACAUAUGAAAUCCCAGAUUUCUUGUUCUCACUAAAAUAUGUUAAAGCAAUAGCGAUUUUACUGCUGUCAUGCAUAGCCUAAGGUGUUUGCACACUUUUUUCCUCCCUCUUUCAUAUUGCUUGAGAUUUGCAACUUUGCUACUAUACUUUACUAGAGGAAUCCUAGCAUCCCAUUAUCGGGCAGAUUCAGACAUGUUGUUGCCACGAGUAACUGCAGUGUCCUGGUAUUCCUUUUUUAAUUAUUUUUAUGGAGAAACCAUAUAAAAGGUUUUGUUACAGUGGAUUUUAACACCUGAACCCUGGAACCAUAUUAUUGAAACUCUGUAAAUUAAGUCAGUCUUUUAUGAAACCGCUUGAAAGUGGACUGUUGCAUCCUUUUAUGCUAUUUCCUGCUUCCUAUGUAGUUUUAUUCAAUUUUUUAACCUUUUUAAGUUUCAGCCUCCUGUGUAUUAGGUACAGUAUUUUCUGCCUUUCAUACUUUGUAAUAAAAAUUGAACAUUUAUAGAUUGAA